CUCAGUCAAAACAUUACAAUUUUAAAUAAUUAUUUCAUGUAUGUUUAUGAUUAUUAUAAUCCUUUAAACACGAUUAUAUAAUUAGAUUUAUUUAUUUUAUGAAUAUGGAAGGCAAUAUUUCUCCAAAUCUUCAAAAGUGGAUAAAAAAAUGUUUAAAAAGAGAAUUUGAAAAUAAUAUACAAAGAUCAUUAAAAGAAGAUACAGAUAAUGUUAAUAUAGCUCAAAAUAUUAUACGUUCAAAGGAAAUGUCCAUUUUAGUAAAUUCUAUGAAAGCUACAAUUCUUGAACAAUCUGCUUCGAGAUCUGAAUCAACUAUAAUUUCUGAUUCUCGACCUCAAUCGUCCUUUUCUUGCAUCAGUGAUCAAACAAGUGAAGAUUGGAAUUCUCCAUUAAAUAAUGAUGAAUAUUAUAAUGUUAUUCUUGAUAAAAUUAAUCAAGAUAAACCUAUUCAUGUUAGAUUAGCUGGUUAUGAAAUUUUAUUAAAAAGUGAACUUUCAAAUUUAAAUAAUAAUCCUAUAUGGGAUUCGCUUCAAAAAGCUUUAUUAAAAGGUCUUGUAGACGAAAGUAAACCUAUUUUUGAAGCUAGUUUACAAGUACAUGCAAAAUUGAUCACUUGUUUACAAUCAUACGAUGUAUAUAUCAAUUUGUUAAAUGCCUUUGAUUUUCAAUAUGAUUCACAAAAGACAUUUGAGAUUUUACCUACACUAAUUUCUGGAAUUAAUUUUAAAUUUUUUUUACAUGAAAGAGUAUUUCGUAUCAUACAUUUAAUAAUUCAUUAUCACGAAGAAAAACUGAAAAAUAUAAGAAAUCCUGAUAAAACUAUAGAAGAAUUAAUAGAACAAUUUAUUACAUUUUUGAGUACACAUGUAUCUGGAAAUAUAAUGCAGCAAAAAACACUAAAUAUACUGAAUAUUAUUUCUGUAUUAGAACCAUGUGCUGAUUGGAGUAAAAAAUGGAUUGUAAAUCUUGCUACUAGAAAAAUAUUUUUAACUGCUUUAGGAAAAUCACCAAAUUUAUUACAACAAGUAAUGCAUUAUGUACAAAAAGGAUUGGGAGAGCCUCCUCAUUCUAUAGCAAUUUCUAUUUAUGAUGAUCCAAUGGAAGUUAUUAUUAAUGGAAAUACAAUAGAAACAGUAACUUAUCUUCACUGUUUAUGUUUUGUGUCUCAACUUUGUGCUUAUGAAGCAGGUCGUGAACUUUUAAUAGAAAAUAUUUUAAUCAUUCCAUUUUCAGUUUCUAAAUUUUUAAGUGCUUCUUUGAGAGCUCUAAAUAAAUUAUCUGUAGAAACAGUAAGUGGUGUAUAUAAUGUUUCUUGUUUUGCUUUACAAUUUAUUUUAGAUAAACCAACAAUAUUGUAUGAUUAUGAAUUUUAUCAUAUUGCAUUGUGCCAUUUAUCAUCUUUUUCUGAAAAUAAUAUUAAAAUAUGGCCACAUACAUUAAAAAUUAUUCUUCAUAUGUUAGACACAAUAGAUGGUUCUUUAUUUCUUAUCUCAGAAUGUAAGGAACAUACAGUAAAUUUUGAAAAAAGUAUAUCAAAAUGUCCAGCUAUGUUUAUUAUAAUAAUAGUCUCAAAUAUGUUAAGACAACCUUUAUCUUUAAUAAAUAUGGAAUAUCUUUUUGAAUUAUUUGAUGUAAUACAAAAGUUAUUUGAUAUAUUUGAUGCAUAUGAAACAAUACAAUAUAAAAUAGAAAAAGAAUUUUAUCCUGCUGUAUCAUAUUUUUAUAAGAAAUUAGAUAAAUCUUAUUUUGAAAAUGAAAAUAAAGCUCAACAGAUAAAUAGUGCAGUUAACACAUUAUUGAUUAAAAUGGUAUCUAUUCCAUUUGGAUUGAAAGCUCUUGUUCAAGAAUCAUCAGUAUUUCAAGAAUUAAUUGAAGGAUCUAUUGCACCUUUAAGAAUGUCUUGGACAUCAAUUGAAGUAGUUAAUUUUGUAUCAUCUGCUGCUUUUUUUCACUUGGGAUAUGAUGUUUUUGCGCAUUUAUGUCAAAUGUAAAAGAAUCAUACAAUAAUGAAGAACAUAAUUAUCCACUUAAUUUAUUACAAUUAUUUAAUAAUUUAAUAAAUCCUGAAUCAAAUUAUCAUUACUUAGGACUUUUAUCAUUAAAUAUUGUAAUUUGGAAUUUAAAUAUUUGU